AUCUGCUAGCUUGUCAUCCUCCUCUCCUCAGCAGUGAUUAAGGAACUGGCUCCAAACAAGAUUAGUUUUGUUCUGUACAUACAUAGGGCAGGAGUACUAUCCUGUCUUAACUGCGCUGCACACUUGGAACCACCAUGGCCUUUGUGCCAGAGAACAGCGAGAAGGGAACUUGGCUGAGAAAUAGCCCAGGCUCCUCCCAGCACCCACAAAGUCCCAGGAUGACCAAUACUGUCUGGAAGGCCAGAGAUGAGACUGGCAGGGUUGAAGGGCACCAGGAUGUUCAGGUUAGUACUUCCUCUCCCUGUGUCCUGCUGCUGGCUCCCCCUGCAGUGUGACAUGUCCCUGCUUUCUUUACUCAGGUCGUCUCUCAAAAGCCCCGCUUGCCCUCUAUUGUGGUAGAGGCAUCAGAGAGCAGUGAGGGCCAUGGGGAGCCACAGUGGCCACAGGAGGAGCUGCUGCUGCUCACUGACGAUGAAGAGGAGGCUGAGGCCUUCUUCCAGGACCAAAGUGAAGAGCCAGGCUGGGCUUGGAGUCCCCAGGACCCUAGCUCUCCCUUGAGAACAUUUAACCCUGGAAUCGCCUGGGAGCAGGAACAGGAAGAGCAAGACCAUUAUUGGAUUCCUGAGGAGGGGUUUGAGGAACCUCCAGAUCCCUGUCCUCUUGGGGAGACAGGUUCCUGUGUCUACAGAAGCUGCUUGGUGGGAUAUUCUCAUCUCCCACCUUCCACUACCUUUGGGGGUGAGUACUGCCACCUAAAUUGGAUUCAGAAACUUGUCAUCCUACCUUCCCCUCACUGUAAAGUUUAAGGGAGACUGCUGGCCACACAAGUCAGUUCCUAUCUGCUGCUUUUAGUUGGAAUUAGGGAAUGAUCCACUUGUACCCCCU